AUAUUCAAUCCUCCUGAAGCAGUCCUAGAACCAGGCGAUUUUGUUGAAGUUGAAGUGACAGCCACCGAUGCGCUAGGAAAUCGAAAUCAGUGCAAAUUUCAAGUGGCUUAUAUGCCCCAGCAAUGUUCACCGGAAUCGCUGUUAUCCGCCAAGCACGUGGUGAAAAAGUGCGCGAAGAAAGAUAAUGUUAUGCAAUGCACCAUAUCUUGUGAAGAAGGAUACCGUUUUGUGGACGAAGACAAGGUAGCAAAAGAGUUCAAAUGUGAAUCAGGCCGCUGGUCUCCUUCUGGUGUAGCUCCAUCGUGUGUCCCAGUGUCUCGAGAACCACGUCGCUACGAGCUAAAUGUUCUAUCAGUUCACUCCACACGCGCUCCCACGCUCGACACGCACACGCUCGCACACUCUUUAUCGAAGUUUCAUUGUUGGCAUUGUUUCGGGGUUAGAAGGUUGUAA